AUGGGUUCCGACGACCUCAUCGAUUUCGAGGUGAUUGAAAACCAGAAGGAAAACAUACAGUCGCUCCCCAGCGGCCGCUCUGCCAAAGCCCUCGCCCAACUAUACACACCGCCACUGACAUCGGCCGCCGGCCAAGCCCCCUCGCCGUCGCAGAUGCAAGAUGCCAACAGCGCGACUCGCCUGCAGUACGAGAAGGAGCUCAUGGCCAUUGACGACUCAGACGACCCCCUCGAUGUUUACGAUCGCUAUGUCAAGUGGACCCUGGACGCAUACCCUUCCGCCCAGAGCACACCCCAAUCGCAGCUCUGCCCACUGCUCGAGCGUGCGACAAAGACUUUUCAGUCGUCGGCGCAAUACAAAAACGACGCCCGCUAUCUCAAGCUCUGGCUGCACUACAUCCACCUCUUCUCAGAUGCGCCCCGCGAAACCUUUGCAUACCUUGCCCGACACCACAUUGGUGAGGAGCUUGCUCUGUACUAUGAAGAGUUUGCCGCCUGGCUAGAGUCUGCAGGCCGCUAUGCACAAGCAGAGGAAGUGUACAACAUGGGCAUUGAGCGCGGGGCCCGCCCAACAGAGCGCUUGAUUCGCAAGUAUGGUGAGUUCCAGCACCGCUGCGAGAGCCGGCCGCAACAAGCAGAGGAGCCUACGAGCCCGGCGUUGCCCGCUGUCCGUCCAGCGCUCGCGGCCAAGGUAGACCCAUUUGCUCUCGGCUCACCAAGCGCUCCUGCCCCACAAGCACAGGCUCAGCCAAAGGCCGCUGCAGGUACAUCGCGCUCAGGAAAAGCCAAGCUUGCCAUUUUCGCAGAUGGUGAUGACGCGGCAAAGCCCACCUCGAGUGGCAGCACCGAAGGUUGGGGCAACAUUGGAUCGCUGGCGGAUCGCAAAAAGGAGAACGCACAAGAGGCGCGGCCUUGGGCUGGUGAGACUCUGAAGGUCGGAAAGAAGAAUACGGGCGUUCCCAAAAUGGCAAUCUUCAAGGAUGAGAGCAAAUCAAAUCUCAAUGACGAAAACGUCAACUCUCAUCCAUUACGUGAAUACCAACAAGCUGUUAAUCCAAGGACAGGACGGCUCGAGGUCGUCUUUGUCGAUUUGGAGAAAGUGUAUCCUAAUCAUGAAGACCCAAUGUCUGAAGAGUAUUCUUUUGAAGAGUUGCGAGCUAAACACAGGGGUUGGUUGGAUCGUGAUUGGGCUGCCAUUCGAAAACAAGAAGAGCAGGCGAGAAAAGAUGCCGAGGCAGCACUUGCUGCUGCUCAAACGAAACCCAAAGCCAUACCUUUAGCACCCAAGCAAGAACCCAAGCAAGAACCUGAACCAAUUGCUAAGCCUCAAACAGUACCGUUGAAGGGAAGUGUUGAUGACGACAUGGGCAACGACGAGAAUGCGCCACCAUCGCAGGCUGAUGUAGACAAAGCGAAGGCAGCGAAAAAGGCCAGACGCGAAGAACGUGCCAACAGGACUAGAAAGAUUAAAGUCAUGGAAACCAAGGAGAUCCGCGGAGAAACGCAGACAGUCCAAGCCAAUCUAGAUUCUCCAGUAAAGUCCAAGGUGCGACGGAAAAAGGCUGGUUCCGAGAUGACUAUGACACUCCACACUAAGGAAGCCAUGGAUGAGAUCUACGAUAUAUUCAACGAGCCACUGAAGAAUGCUAAUGAUAAUAUUUCUGAAGCCCAAAGUGGUGAGGAAAGUAGCGAUGAUGACGAAGAUGAUUAUUCCAGUGGCGCCGAGAGCACAGGAACUGGCCGUAUAUCCGGCGCUACAAGCGAAUAUGGAGACGAAACGACAGUCGGAGGAGACUUUACACUCGGCACUAGAGUCCUACACCAUGACGACGACGACGAGGGUGAUGAGGACGGUGAUGACAAUGACGAGAGCGGUUCAGACGAUACAGAUGCAAAGAGUAUAUCGGAGUCGUCUGACUUUACCGAGAUCAAGCCUGGACAAAAAGCUGACGAGCAAGAUGAGUCUGGGAACGAGUCUGAGCAUUCUGAUCAAUCUCAAGAUGAUUCCUUUGAUGAAACAUCGAACGUAGACGGCGAAUCGGAGCACCAACAGGACGAGCGGGUCGUCACUCCUACAUCGCCUUCAGGACCAAGAUCUCUUCCAACGCGCUUCGUCCCUGUUCCACCUGAAGACUACAACCCUGCUAUGCGACCGUAUAGAGAUCCAGUCGUCGUUGCCAACAACCGGUUACCCUUCAUGACGCCCAUUGUAGAAAAAACCGAGUCAUCUCUGGGCAUUGCCACGGCUGUAGCACAGAAAGAGUAUUAUGCGGCCAAAACACCUUCACGGUCAAAGGGUACGCCUGCCAUUAUGGAGGAUGACGAUGAAGAGGAGACCUGCAGUAGCCCCUUCUCUGAUAUCCUGGGACAAGUCAUUGACGGGCCAGGCAAAGUUGCAAAGCUAGCUCUGACCGAAUCGAAACCAGUGCCCAAAGAGCCUCUAGACGAGCCGCAGCGCAAGCCAUUGGCCGCAAAAGAACCUCCAGUUACAGUGGUCAAGCCUAGCGGGCCGAUCAUCAAGGACACACAGUGCAAUCCAGUCGACGAUAGUAUCCGCAACGCUAUCCUACAAGAAAUUCAACCCCCAUUGGAAAGCUACGAGGGUUACUACGCUGACACUGAGCAAAGCUACGGCAAAGGCGCGGAUAUUCGCAAGUACACAAAAGCGGUAUCAAAACUGAGCAAAAAUGCGCAGGACAAGACAGCAGGCACUGUUGGGGCAUGUCCAACCUUGGAGUUUCCUGGGACAGAGCGGACUUAUGUUGUCAAGCGUGAGCUUGGCAAGGGUGCAUUUGCUCCAGUGUACCUGGUGGAGAGCAAAGAACCAGAGGAAAACGACGAGAAUAAGCCUUCGCAAAUGGGCAAGGGUGAGUUUGGGCUGAAUCGUCAACCCCUUGAGGCAAUCAAGAUGGAAGAUCCGCCAACACCGUGGGAAUUCUACAUUAUGCGGCAGGCCAAACGACGACUGGGUGUGUCACGAGCAGCCGAGUCAGUUGUCAGCGCAUACGAGAUGCAUGUGUUCAAGGACGAAUGCUAUCUGGUUGAAGAGUAUCGCAAUCAAGGAACACUGCUCGACUUGGUCAACCAUGCUUGCACAGACAAUGGAACAAUGGACGAGCAGCUGGCCAUGUUCUUCACUAUUGAGUUGUUCCGUACAGUGGAAGCCUUGCACUCCAAGGGCAUAAUACAUGGCGAUCUCAAGUCAGAUAAUGUUCUGGUACGGUUCGACGCACUACAAAAGGAUGAGCAUUGGGAUUCCGAGUACAAGCGUGACGGACGUGACGGGUGGUCUGCCAAGGGUAUUUCGCUGAUUGACUUUGGUCGGGGGAUUGAUAUGAAAGCCUUCAAGCCCGAAGUGCAAUUUAUCGCGGAUUGGCCAACGACCGAGGCUGACUGCGCCGAGAUGCGCGAGCUGCGACCUUGGACUCACCAAAUCGACUACCAUGGCCUGGCUGGUAUUGUGCACAAUCUCCUGUUUGGAAAGUACAUCUCGGCCGUUGCUGAACGGGGUGCUACUCUGGGCUCAGGUGCAACCAAGACGUACAAGAUCAAGGAGAACUUGAAGCGGUACUGGCAGACUGAGAUUUGGCACGAGUGCUUUGACUUGCUGCUGAACCCGCUGAUGCAUCUUGAGGGCGAGGAGGGAAGGCGACUGCCGGUGCUCAAGGGGAUGAAGGAGUUGAGGGAGAAGAUGGAGGAGUAUCUUGAGAACAACUGCGAGAAGGGUGUUGGUCUCAAGGUGCUCGUUAGGCGGAUGGAGGAAGUCGUGAAGCGGAGAUGA